GAAGUAAUUCAUGUGCGAUCCGUGAGUUGGCAGGAACGGCGGUGACAGUUACACAGUGACGUAGCACGCCGUCGGGAACGCGCACGUCCAAGGAAGCGAGGGAAGGAGUUUCCGUGAAACAGGACAAGGUCACAGAAGGUGAAGCAGCACUCUUCAGCCAAAAAUAUCAAUAUUUUGUCCAAAGAUCUUAAUCAGAAGCAGCUGAUAGAAGUACCAUUUUGUUUCACCUCCCCCAUAUAAUGCAUCAUCUUGAAUGCUGAGAAGGUUAUUGAAACAUUUUAUAAAAGUACAGUCCAGCCUUCUUGCCUGGCUGUCACUUCAGUUUAUUGAGAAGACCACCAAGUUUAAUUGCCCCAAACCUGUCGGUGGAGAAUGACAGCGGGCUUUACACAGAUACUGCUGUCCAUUGCCCUCAUCUCCGGACUUGUGUACUAUGUCACAAAUCGAUGUGGAAGUGGAGAUGAGAAAAAACAAACAAGGCCAAACUUCAUUAUUAUUCUGGCUGAUGAUAUUGGCUGGGGUGAUUUAGGGAUUAACUUGCCAGGGAGGACAAGCCACACGCCCAACUUGGACCUGAUGGCCCAGCAAGGAAUAAGGUUCACAGACUUCCACUCUCCUGCCUCGACCUGCUCACCCUCCCGCGCAGCAAUCCUCACGGGCCGGCACGGUCUACGCACAGGCGUAACGCACAACUUUGCUGUGGGGUCCAUCGGUGGACUGCCCCUCAAUGAAAGCACCUUGGCUGAAGUGCUCCAGGGGGCGGGGUACUACACAGCCAUGGUUGGGAAAUGGCAUCUGGGACACUAUGGGCCUUAUCAUCCAAGUCACAGAGGUUUUGACUACUACCUGGGAAUUCCCUACAGCAACGAUAUGGGUUGCACAGACGCACCUGGAUUCGACUUCCCACUCUGCCCACCAUGUUCUUCUGGUAUCGCUGUGUACAGAGAGAAGAGAGGAUGUUACUCCAAGGUGGCCUUGCCUCUGUUUGAGAACCUGACCAUUAUAGAGCAGCCUCUUGACCUGUGGACCCUAGCUGAGAUGUACACAACGACAGCUGUCAGGAUCCUUCACAGAUCAAGGCAAAGGGGGCAGCCCUUUCUGCUCUAUGUGGCCCUCUCUCACAUGCAUGUCCCCCUCUCUCCUGCCCUGCAUACGGAAGGGGACGCACACAGUGUAUAUCACAGCAGCCUGAGGGAAAUGGAUGCUGUGGUGGGGGCAAUAAAGAACGCCUCUGAUGAGAUCAAUAAGGAAAACACACUAAUCUGGUUCACGGGUGAUAAUGGCCCCUGGAACCAGAAAUGCCAGUUUGCUGGGAAUGUGGGCCCUUUCUUGGGGAGAUGGCAGACAAACCGGGGUGGGGCUUCUGCCAAAACAACCACUUGGGAAGGAGGCCAGCGUGUUCCCACUGUGGCAUACUGGCCAGGGAAAAUAGCAGCCAACAUGACCAGCAAGGCCCUGCUUAGUGGUUUAGACAUCUUCCCCACAGUCCUGUCCCUGGCAGAGGUAGAGGCACCAUCAAACAGACGCUACGAUGGCAUUGAUGCAACCGAUACUCUACUCCACGGCUCAGAGACAGGGCGUAAGAGUGUGCUCCACCCUAACAGCGGAGCGGCUGGACAGUUUGGGGACUUGCAGGCAGUCAGGUUGGGCCAAUACAAAGCCUUCUAUGUUACCGGAGCCGCUGAAGCUUGUGGCGGAGGAAGAGGUCGGCAAGAGCUUCACGAUCCCCCGCUCAUUUUUGACUUGUCCCAGGAUGAGGGGGAGGGCUCACCACUGGACAGCAGUACAGCGGAGUACCAGUCUGCCCUGGAGCAGAUAGAGCAGGAGAGGGAGGCAGUGAUGAAGGACAUUGCAUCAGACCAUGUGUCCCACGCCGACUACUCUGUGGACCCUUCAGCAGUACCCUGCUGCAACUCAAGUCACAUUAACUGCCGCUGUCGCACCCGGACCAGACAGUCGUCUUCCACACUCAGCAGUAAACAUCCUGCCACGUGAUGGAUGAUCUGUAGCACAUCCGUAUCCAUUCGGCUUCUUCUGUUUCAGCAGGAGAGAAUCUGAAUAUAGGGCCCUUGUAGCAAGACUGCUGUUUGCUGGAGUUACCAAGCAGGUCCAUAUAUGGUUCAGUUUUUAUAAGCUGGGACUGAGUUAACAUGCAUGAUUUCACAAAAGUACACCUCAAACCUCAGUUAAUUGUUUUAUUAAGUAAUUUCUUUAAUCAUGCUGCUUGUUUUAUGUUGAAGUUUUCAGAAUUGACUACCUUCCUGAAAGAAUAGAAUGAACGUGUAAAAUAAACCCAGAGCAAACCAGGGGUUUUCAGGGCUUUUGCUGUAAUUGCAGCAGCUUGAGGCAGAUUCAUCCAUCUCAGCUGAUUGAUUAAAGAAACCAGUGAUAGAGAGGCUCGUCUGACUCGUGAACGCAGUGCCAGGGAGAUCUGCUUGGCGGUAGUAAAGUACGAGUGGGGCCUGGCAGCGAGGCUUGGACCAGGGUCUGUUCCCUGUAGUAAGCCAUUCUGUAUUAAGGUAAAAGUCACCACUCCAUGUCAGGCAAGGUGCAAUUAUUUCACACCUACACAAGAUACAUUCACAUGCCGCAUGAUCUCUUUUAUUAUUUCAGAAAUAAAAGCUCGCUGCCUUUGGAAAA